AUGGUUGCAUUUGGACAUCUAUUUUAUUUAUAACAGUGCAAAAAAGAACUAAAUACACGAUUAUAAAAACAGUGUGAAAAUGUCUGUGGUGCGUUUUUUGGCAACGCGACAGGCUUUGGCGGCGUUAACAAGACGUUCCGCAUUGCCGACUCUACAGAAUUGUCGCACAUUUACAUCAUUGACAAACAAUAACAACAACUUCAAUAAAGCAAACACGAGCACAACAACAACUUUAACGGCAUGCGGAACGCAAUUGCAACAAACUCGGGAUCACAAGCGUUUUGGCCAUGGUGAGGAGAAAACACCACGUUUGACCAAAUAUUUUCACUUUAUGGUGCUCAGCUUGUUUAUCAUCUCGGUGCUGGACUGGGGCAAAGUGAAACGCUUGCUCAUACCAAAAGUAGACGCGGAUGCGGGUCAGCGUCCCUCCGAUGCGGCCGGUGUGAAUGGCGACAGCAGCUCCGAUAAAGACGGCGAUGAUUCUGAGGAUGAGGAGGAAGCUCGUCUCAAUCUCAGUGAUGGAAAGAAAGUCAAGGAAAAAGUCGGUUUCCGCGAUCGCAAAAUAAUUGAAUAUGAGAAUCGCAUCAGGCAAUUCUCAACGCCAGAUAAAGUAUUUCGCUACUUUGCCACGAUCCAAGUGCCGGUCUCCGAUGAUCGCCAUGAGGUCUUCAUGACACCAACCGAUUUUUUGACUAGCAUGACGCCAGGCAUGAAACAACCAGAUGGUUUAGGUUUGGACCAAUAUCGUCGCUAUGAUCCAAAGUCCGUGGGGGAACAGUUAAACUUGCAGUUGGAGAAGAACAGCAUAUUUUACAAGCUAGGAUCCUUUGGCCUCAUCACCUUCUCCGAUUACAUAUUUCUGCUCACAGUGUUAUCCAUUUCCCGUCGUCAUUUUGAGAUUGCAUUUCGAAUGUUCGAUUUGAAUGGCGACGGUGAUGUGGAUUGCGAGGAAUUUGAAAUGGUGGCAACCCUUGUGCGUCAACAGACGAGCAUAGGGACACGGCAUCGGGAUCAUGCAAAUACCGGAAAUACAUUUAAGUCCUUGAAGGGCGUCAAUUCGGCGUUGAUAACGUACUUCUUUGGACCAAAUAUGGAUGAGAAGCUGACUAUUGAAAAGUUCUUAGACUUUCAAGAGCAACUACAGCGUGAAAUACUCUCGCUGGAGUUUGAACGCAAGGAACCCAAUGAGGAGGGCAAAAUAACAGAAGCGGACUUUGCCGAAUUGCUUUUGGCCUAUGCGGGUUAUCCGCCCAAGAAGAAGCAGAAGAAAUUGAAGCGUGUCAAGCGUCGUUUUCGUGAUCAUGGCACUGGUAUCUCCAAGGAAGAUUAUCUCGACUUCUUCCACUUUUUGAAUAACAUCAAUGAUGUGGACACCGCACUGACUUUUUAUCACAUUGCGGGUGCUUCGAUUGAUCAACAAACGUUGCAACAUGUGGCCAAAACGGUGGCAGUUGUAAAUCUAUCCGAUCACGUUGUCGACGUUGUUUUUACCAUAUUCGAUGAGAACAAUGAUAAUCAGCUAAGCAACAAAGAAUUUAUUUCGGUCAUGAAAAAUCGCGUUCAACGUGGCUUGGAAAAGCCAAAAGAUACAGGAUUCCUUAAAAUGAUGCAGUCGGUAUUCAAAUGCGCCAAGGAAACAAAGCCCGUGUUAUUGGAUAUAUAGGAAAAUUAUCGAAUGUGAAUUCUCUCGAUUGACCAGUGCUUAAAGCGCUUCACUUAGUCAUUUUUCUUACGCUUGAUCCUAUUUAUGUUUAGUUAAUGUUUACUUUAGUCCAAUUAAACAACAGGCAUUAUGGAUAGUUCACUGUAUUAUUGUUUUAAGAGAAACGAAUAAUUGUUA